CGCCAACGGUGCCGCUGUCUGGCGAUGGUGGAGUGGGAAUACGAACGUUCAGGGCUCUCCCCGUCUAACCUGGACAUGCGAGUGUAACUUGCCUCAUGUCCGUUUACUCGGCUUAGCUCGCUUACACGUUUAUUGAGCUUUAGCUAGGAAUAUAAGUGGUUUUAGUAAUGGAGGACGACUGUGUGUGUGAGUACGACUCGACCUGGGACACAGAGAGUGAUGGAGACGACCCGGCCGGAGAGAGCCAAAGCCGUCGGUCAAGCCAAGACAAAAACAAAUCCAGCUGGACUUUGUGGCACCACACGCCCAGAAAUGUGAGGGCAGCAAAGGACAUGCAGAACUACAGGAGAGGAUAUCCAAAUCUUGCAGAUGAUGAGUGCUCUGAAGAUAAAAUGAACAAUUUGCAGUUUUAUCUGAAUAAAUUCCCAUCAGCUCCGGAUGACGUCUACAUUGACUCAUUUCUCAAGGAUUGGAAAAAUGAUUACAAACGACUAGAAAGAGUUCACUCAUAUAUUCAAUGGUUGUUUCCACUGCGAGAACCAGGGGUUAAUUACAUGGCCUCAGAACUCACUAAAAAGGAAAUUGAGGCCUUUAAGAAGAAUGAAGAUGCCAAAAAGAGGCUAAUUGAGGCCUAUGAACUAAUGUUGGGCUUUUAUGGGAUCCGUUUGGUGAACAGAGACACUGGUGAGGUCAAGCGUGCAGAAAAUUGGAAAGAGCGCUUUGGAAACCUGGAGCGAAAUAUGCACAACAACCUACGCAUCACACGCAUCCUGAAGAGCCUUGGUGAACUGGGGUUUGAGCACUAUCAAGCUCCACUUGUGCGCUUUUUUCUAGAAGAGACUCUGGUCAAGAAGACCCUCAGCACUGUUAAACGCAGUGUGCUCGACUACUUCCUGUUUGCUGUACUGGACAAGUCGAAACGUCAAGAGCUCGUACGCUUUGCCUACCUUAAUUUUGAGCCAAAGGAUAAGUUUGUGUGGUGUCCCAGAAAGAUUCAGAAACAGAUUAAAAAGGCAGAGAAAAAACUUGAUGCUGUUGGGAAUGGGGAAGGAAAAGAUGACGUGUGUUCCCAGGGUAAAGGCAAAGAUGGAGAAGCAGUCAUGCAACACAAACAGGAUGGACUGGAUGACACUACAAAGCCUCAGAAAGGACCUGAUAAAACACCAAGUAAAGAGAAAAACAAGCUGUCUGAAGAAUCUUCUGAACCUAAACCAGAUGCUGACACUGUCAAUGGAAACGAACCAACUGAGUCUAGUAAUGAAAUUGUGGGGAAUGGUAAUUACUCUGCAGAUGAUGAUGAUGAUGAUGAAAUGGAUCAGUCACCGAGUUCUGACACAUCUUUGACAAAAACUGAGACCAAUGCAGACAGUCAGCAGAACUUAACUAAUUAUUCAAAUAAUGUCACGCAGGAACCAGACAGUAAUAUGCAAACAGAUGAAGACAUAGACACUGAAAAGCCACCGAAGAAGAAGAGAGACGAUUCAGUGCCAAUAAGCAAUGGCUCUGCUGGAGACUCAGCCAGUGCGCACGUGGAGGAAAACGCCGAUGCUAAUAAAGGCACUCGUCAAACAAGCCUACCUGAGCCAAGUGGCUCACAUUUGGGGAAGGGGGAAAAAAUCCCACGGACUGAAUUUGAUCAAGUGGCAGAAAAAGAGGAGAAGGAAGACGCUUCUCAGGAAAAUGUGUCUGCAGCAAAUGGGUCACUGACGAGCACCAACACUUGUGUGGAUGAAAAGACAAAUGGCAAGGAGUCAGAGGAUGUUAAUAUGGAAUCAGACCCCUCAAGUGCAAACAAAGAUGUUGGAAAUUCAUGAAAAAAUGUUUUUCUUUUAAAUGGAAAAAUUAUUAGGUUCAGAUAAAAUGUAAGAUAGGGGCAGAUUAUGGCUUUCUGGGCUUUAUUUGUACUGUAUUUGGUGUUUAGGGUUUUCUUCACUUUGAGGGAGAAUAUGAUUUCAUUAAAUCACCAAAUGUGCAACAGGAUGUGAAACUAUAUCUUUGACAUGUAAUAAGAAGUAACAUCUGGUGAUAUGCUAUAUUUUGCUUUUUUUUCUGUGCAGCAAAUCCUUUAAAGACCAAAGUAACAAUGCACUCAUCAGUCACCGGAUUCUCUAUUCUUUCUAUGUCUCCCUAAAAGGCUCUAAGCAUUUAAAUGAUUUUUGACAGCUGACAACUAAAGCUCUUUUUGUUUGUAUUAAGUGUUUGCAGCAGCAGGUUGGUGUGUUUCGCAUGAAAUCAACUACAGUGUUUAUUGGAGAAACAUCUCUACAACAGUAGUUUCCUAAAUUAAUUCCUGAUUUUUGGCAUUUUAAUGGAUUUGUUGACUGCAAGAAAAUAUAAAAUAUUACCAGGCUUUAUUGUUAAUGUUAUGAAUUAUUUGGUAUUUAUUAUCGCUACAGAAAACACCUUAAUGAUUCUUAAGUUUGUUUUUGCACUGACAUAAUAUUUUGGAAGAAUUUUUUCUAAUUUUGAUUUGUUUCAUUGCGGAAAUAAACAUUCUGUACUGAAUCUAUGUUUCUACUGGACCCCACUGUUCAAAUGGAUCCAAGAAUGAAUGUCAUUAUAUUUCAGUAAUUUUGCACAAUUUGUAUGUUUCUGCCGAACCGAUAAGGCUUUGACUAUAAUAAGUUUCACUGUAUGAAAAUUUUUGAUGGAUUUGGUCCAUGAAUAUGUACCAACCAGGGUCAUUAUAAUAAUGCAUCAUUUUAUAUUUGCACUUAAUUUUCAGUGUUAAUUGUUAAAGUUCUGAUAUUUGCAUAAUGAAAUGGUAAUAACUUUACAGAUGUGCACAUUUCUUUAUACAUGACCCCCCCCUUCAAGUUAUAUUUGGCUGUUGUGACGCAGCAGAAUAAAGUUAUACUAUUUUCUAAUGCUUUUAUGAACUGAAUCUCUUCAGCCAACGUCUUAGUUCUGUACUGGUUUAUUAUACCACAGUUCUCAGGAUGGCACUUUGGUACAUGUGAACCUUUGCUCUUAUUCCUGAGACUUAGUUUUCCUCAUGCAGCGGCAUACAGUGAGAAAACCUUGGUCUUUUCUUUCUUUGGACAAACAGGCCAAGUCUCAGUAAACUGACAUGAGUCACAGAAGAAAGAAGUAGCAUGUUGAACUUGAAUAUUGAUGCAACACAUCUUGUUCAGGCCUCAGGAUCAGUGGGGAGUUGACGAUAAAAAUAUUCUGUUGGAGUUUGAGCUUGCUGUUUGUUUAUGAACUGUCCUUGCGAGCUUUCAUCGGUAGAUCUAACCAUUCCCUGUUUGGAACAUUCUAAAUAAAGUUCUUAUUGCA